CUUUUUUCAGAAUCAUAAUAUGGAUUACCAAAAAGCAAUGCUAGCUGAUUUGAUGUCCCAAUAUGUGGAAGUGGACAAUAAAGAUUUUUGGGAUGACAGUGUAUGUAAAAAUUACCUUGUAGCCUUUUGUCCUCAUCUUUUAUUUACCAAUACAAAGUCUGAUCUUGGUGCUUGUACAAAGAUUCACAAUGAUCGUUUACGUGAUAAAUAUCAACAAUCUGACAAAUCUAAAUAUCCUUAUGAAGACGAUUUUUAUACCUUUCUUCAACAAUUGAUCAAUGAUGUUUCUAGGAAAAUACGCAAUGGAAGAGAACGUGUCAAUCUUCAGGAUGAAAAGAAAAAGGAAAGCAAAGAAAUGGUGAAUGAAGAACGACAUGAAAAGAUAGUACUUUUAGAAGUCAAAAUUAAGGAAUAUCUUCAAAAGAUUGAAGAAGCUGGGGAAGAAGGUCGUGUACAAGAAGCAAGUGAUUUGACAAAUCAAGUGGAAAGAUUACAAGCAGAAUUGAAACUAUUGAAAGAGAUGGAAGAAAUGGCAAGUAAAUCAGAUAAACGGAUGGAAGUAUGUGAAGUAUGUGGGGCAUUAUUGGUGACUCACGAUUCAACAGAAAAACCAACAGCACAUUAUGAUGGAAAGCAACACAUUGGUUAUAUGAAAAUCCGUGAAGCCUUGGAAAAACGAAAUCAACAAUCUAGACAUUCAAGUCAUGAUCGUGAUUAUUCUCGAGCCCGAUAUGAUUAUCGUCGUGAUAACAAUGGAAGUAGAGAUUACCGACAACGUCAUCAUGAUCGUAGUAGACGUGAUAAUUAUCAACAUGAUCGCCGCCGUCAUCGAGAUCGACAGGAUGAUGAUUGGAAUCGUGAAAUGGAAAGAUAUGAUCGUGGAAGAAGACAACGUGAAUAUUCUUCUCGUCGCUCUCGCUCUCGGUCUCCAAGACGUUGGUAACCCAAAAAAAAUUAAAAUUAAAAAAAAAUAAAAUAGAACUAAAACCUAGGAUAUUCAAAAAAAGAGAGAGAAAGAAUGAACAACUUUUUUUUUUUUUUCUUUUGAUCACUAUCAUUGUGGGAUUGUGAUUUUAUAGAUUGAAAUGGAAUUACAGUAACAUUAGAUAGUGAUUAGCAAAAUAGUAUAGUUGUUUAUAUUUGAAAUAAAGAACUGAAAAAUAUAUCUUA